CAAAUUUCCCCCAUGAAGCCCCGCGGGUCCCCUCAGGGUCUCUUCCGGCUCAAUGCCUCCUCCACGGCCGCCAGGCUCGUGAUCCGCUCCUCGAGACGCCAUGCUUCCCACUCAUCACCUUCCUCUUCGCCUUCGCCCUUACCCUCACCCUCACCCUCUACUCCACCAAAGCAGCAGCGAUGGCUGCGACUCGCCUUCAUAACGGCCGCUGCGGCGGGAAUUGGCGCCCUUGUCAGGUCGCAACAGGGCCCGGACUCGUCGACCCUCAAUCCGGUCAAAUUCACCCCGUAUUACCUGGUGUCCCGCGAGCCGGUCUCAUCGACCGGGAGCUAUUUCAUUCUUCAGCCACCCAAGGAGGAUGGAACCAACCAUACAGUCUACGAGGAAGCAUGGAAGACAGGGCUCUGGAGUGUGAUGUUUAAACAGCCACAGCUUCAGAUUGGAAGAGACUAUACGCCCCUGCCGCCCACGGAUGAAGAUGAUGACGAGUGUCUGCACUUUUUCAUCCGGAAAGACCCCUUCGGUGAGGUCUCCCGCUACUUGCAUAGCCUAGAUAUUGGAGCGCCCAUUGAAGUACGUGGUCCGCGCAUUGAAUGUGAGAUUCCUUCGGAUACGCAGCAGAUCUUGUUCAUUGCCGGAGGCACAGGGAUUGCCUCUGCAUUGCAAGCUGGACAUACACUUCUUCGCCGCACAAGCUCAACUCAUCAACCCAGAAUACAUAUCCUGUGGGCCAACAGAAGACGGGAGGACUGCGUUGGCGGUGUAAGUGACUCAACGGCGCCUACAACGGCGCCGCAAAGGUCAUGGCUCUCCGGCGUUUUCAAGUCUUCGAAGGACACACCCGCCCUCGUUGAUCCCCCGCAGGAUGCUGGCACUUCAUUGAUGGUCCGGGAAUUGGAGGCGCUUCGAUCGCAAUAUCCUGGUCAGGUGAGCGUGGAUUACUUUGUCGAUGAGGAAGGCACCAGUAUCGGGAAGCAGUCUAUCUUGGACUCCACCAGCACUGCGCUGUCUUCUAAAGAGCCGGGCCAAGGGAAACACAAUCUCAUUCUGGUCUCCGGACCGGAGGGCUUCAUUAGCUACAUGGCAGGACCAAAGCUCUGGGCUCAGGGCAUGGAACUGCAGGGUCCGCUUCAGGGGAUCCUGAAAGAGCUAAACCUGAAGAAUUGGGCCUCGCGAUUGUUGCCCUCCGGCCCUGGCAGGCGCUGGGCCUCCCUUCGUUGCCCCGUGACUCCGCAACGGCGUGCGUUCGCCUCAACCCGGCUCUUGUUCCAGGAUGUCUUCCAGUCGCAGCUCGAGGACCCUGCCUCCGCAGCCAUUUUUUCGUCCCUGCAGACUUCCAGGGCCGUCCCGCAGACCCUGACGGAAAAAAUCGUUCAGAAGUACUCGGUAGGCUUGGCCAGUGACAAGUUUGUCAAGUCCGGCGACUAUGUCACCAUUUCCCCCCACCGGAUCAUGACCCAUGACAACUCCUGGCCUGUCGCCUUGAAAUUCAUGUCGAUCGGUGCGUCCAAAAUACAUGAUCCCAAUCAGGUCGUGAUGACUCUCGACCACGACGUCCAGAACAAAUCAGAGAAGAACCUUCAGAAGUACCGCCAGAUCGAGGAGUUCGCGAAGCAGCACGGCGUUGAGUUCUACCCGGCAGGACGAGGAAUUGGUCACCAGAUCAUGGUUGAGGAAGGAUUCGCUUGGCCUGGUACACUCGUGGUCGCCUCGGAUAGUCACAGUAACACCUAUGGUGCUCUGGGUGUCGUUGGUACUCCCAUUGUGAGAACCGAUGCAGCCAGUAUCUGGGCGACGGGCAAAACGUGGUGGCAGAUUCCUCCGGUGGCCAAGGUUACCCUUACCGGAGUUUUGCCACCGGGCGUGACUGGCAAGGAUGUGAUCGUUGCUCUGUGCGGUCUGUUCGGCAAGGAUGAGGUUCUGAACCACGCAAUCGAGUUCACGGGCUCUGAGGAGACCAUGAGAAGUUUGUCUAUGGACAAUCGGUUGACCAUUGCCAAUAUGACGACGGAAUGGGGUGCUCUGUCUGGACUGUUCCCCAUGGACGGCGUCUUGAAGGGCUGGCUCAAGGGCAAGGCCACCACUGCUGCCAUGGGGCUCGCCGAUGGGCCAUACAAGACUUUGGCCCCUCGGCAUUUCACUCACCCGCUUAUCGAGCAGCUGUUUGAGAACCCGCUUGUUGCGGAUAAGGGUGCGAAGUACGCGAAGGAGCUCUUCCUGGACCUUUCUACCCUGUCUCCAUACAUCUCCGGACCCAACUCUGUAAAGGUGGCAACCCCCCUCAAAGAGCUGGAAGCACAGGAUAUCAAAGUCGACAAGGCCUACUUGGUCUCCUGCACCAACUCGAGGGCUUCGGAUAUCGCCGCCGCGGCUAAGGUGUUUAAGGAGGCCGCGGAGAAGAAUGGUGGCAAAGUCCCAAAGAUUGCCGAUGGCGUGAAGUUCUACAUCGCUGCAGCAUCCAUCCCAGAACAACUCGCAGCGGAAGGGGCUGGUGACUGGCAGACUCUCCUGGAAGCCGGGGCCACGCCUCUCCCCGCCGGAUGCGGGCCUUGUAUCGGCCUGGGAACAGGACUGCUGGAGCCCGGCGAGGUCGGCAUCAGUGCGUCGAACCGCAACUUCAAGGGACGCAUGGGAAGCACUGAGGCCAAGGCGUACUUGGGUAGCCCCGAGGUUGUCGCCGCGAGUGCCCUUACCGGAAAGCUUCGCGGUCCUGGCUGGUACCAGACCCCUGAGGGCUGGACCGAAGUGAUCCGCGGCGAGGGCGAUGGCAUCCGUGAGGAGGACCGGAUGCUUAACAACGAGCAAGCCCUGGAGAAACUCAUCGGUCAGCUGGACGACCUUGUCGCUGAUGGCGAGAAGCGCUUUGCUCCGGAGGAACCGGCCGAGGAAGAGGGUGGCCUGACCGAAGUGUACCCCGGAUUCCCCGAACGUGUCUCUGGCGAGAUCGUGUUCUGUGAUGCCGAUAACCUCUCUACGGAUGGAAUCUACCCGGGCUUUUACACUUACCAAGAUAAUGUCACUGUGGAGAAGAUGGCGGAGGUGUGCAUGUCCAACUAUGAUACUCAGUUCUCCUCGAUUGCGAAGGAGGGUGAUAUCCUGGUUACUGGGUACAACUUCGGCUGUGGUAGCUCUCGGGAGCAGGCGGCUACUGCUCUUCUGGCGAAGAGGAUUCCUCUUGUUGUGGCUGGUAGCUUUGGCAACAUCUUUUCCCGCAAUAGCAUCAACAAUGCUCUCAUGGGUCUGGAGGUUCCGCGCCUGAUCAGCCGUCUGCGUGAGGAAUUUUGCGAGAAGCAGCUCACUCGCCGCACCGGCUGGACUUUGACUUGGGAUGUCCGGAGGAGUCAGAUUGAGGUCCAGGAAGGCGAGCAUGGGCCCAAGUGGACACACCAGGUGGGAGAACUGCCGCCGAACGUCCAGGAGAUCAUUGCGCAGGGUGGCUUGGAGAAAUGGGUCAAGAACGCCAUUGAAGCAUGAGGGAGGUAGGAAAUGAAAAGCGCGACUGUCGACAAUUGAUUCUUAUGAUACCCGAGCCUUCCAGUCUUCAUUUUUGGGGUUGCUGCGUGGAUGAUUCUUCUGUCGAGACGCAUGGGAUGAUUGCAUGUAUAUUGUGUGUAUCGGUGGGUGGGAGUCCAAAAUUAGAUGUUACUACAACUACUAGAUAGAUGCUAGAUAGUUCUUCAUGGGCAAUGUACGAUUACACUUUCU